AUGGCAGCUGGUAUUAACGAACAAUACCGAUCGCUUAUGGGGCGUGACACCCGCACUGACAAUUCCUAUAGCUCAUCUAUCAGAUCCCCUGAUCAGACUCGAGAUGGGAUCAGGUUCACAAAUCAGAUUCCUCACACCGCACAGAAUGGACAGGCUCCGGAACCCGUAUCGACGCCUCCUCGCGGCAUGAUGCGAGGCUUCAAGCGAGAGAUUAUCGGAGGCAUGGUCCUCAUGUUCCUACCUCUGCCACUGAUGGCGGUAUUGGUCGGUCUCAUUUAUGCCAAUCGCGAAGCCUCCAGUACGUUGCCAGGCUCUGCAGAUAGCAUAACGAUCGACGGCAGCGACAGACCUCUCGAUAGCAACUAUUAUCUGGUCUCGUAUUCGGCCACCCGCCUCGCAUUCAUCUCAUCGCUCGCCGCGACCCUGGCGCUGGCGCUGGUCCCGGUAGCUAUGCCCCUACUGUACGCCUACGUUGCCGCUUCGUCUUUACAGAACGCUUCUCUGCUGCGGCAACACGACAAGUUACCAUCUCCAUUCCAGUUCGAGCUUCUACUGCGCAUGCUUGCGGGUGGAACCCUCGAUAUCUUCCUGUACUUGGACUACCUAUUCCGUCGGAAGCGAUCACGAAUCGCGGCCGUGCCACUGCUCAAUAAAGCGGCGAUGAUGCUCUCUUUCAUGCUUCUAUUGGCGCUUGGCGUGACAAUUGCUGAUGCCUUUUUUCAUAUCAAAACAAUCUCUGUACAGUAUCACAGCUCUGUUCCAUAUCAGCAGAGCGAUUUUCUGCCUGGACGGCGCCUACCCAUCGAAUGCUGGAAUGACACUGAUGAAUUCGCGACCGGAUAUGCUUGCAACUACAUUCCAGGAGGCUCCGGUGCCGCAUCUUCAUUCACCAACUCAACCGAGGGUUAUCUGACACUAGGCAAUCAGUCAACACACAAUGCCGUGCGCCUUGCCGACGAUGGGUCAACCGCCAUUAUUGUACCCCCAACCUCGCCCAACGGUGUCUCCUUUACCGCCAAGAGCUUCGCGUCCUCUACGACCUGCGAGACCGUCACGAAAAAAUGCCAUCCCCAAUCCAACGCCACAGGCGACUGUACCGCUUGUCAAGCUUGGAUCUUCAACUGCACCAAAGAAGAUGCAGGCUUCGUUUGGUUGGGCGAUUUUGGAGACACUGUGUCUGCUGCAGGUGCGAGUGGCAAUGUCGCAUACGCCAUACAGUAUUUCAACACGUCCGAUCGCACUACCAACGGCUCCGACGUUGGCGGGCUACAGAACGCCACUGAUGGCCGCUUCAGCUUCUCCCUCCUCUUCCAGCUACCUCGAGGUCUCACCCCAGAUCUCACCAACAACAACAUGGAUCCGGACAUGGACAUGGCGUACGACCCCAUAAACGACAUAGUCGCCAACACCUACGGCAUAGAGUACGGGAUCUUGCUCUGUGAAACCCAACUCUCCGAGGCCAGCUACCUCGCCGCACUCGACGGAAGCAUCCACGCCCCGGUCCUGACGCCCAUGAACACAUCAGCCACCAAGCCAUUCAUCCAGCCCCUAGCGCGAGAGGUCGGCGGCCGCGAGAACCUGCUCACGGGCAUCAACCUCGCGGCCGCCAACGCCGUCGACCGCGAAGAUCUCGCCGCGCAAUUCGCCCGUCUCUACGACCGCACGCUCCUCGGCCUGGUCGCGGGCCUGCUCCCCGACCGCGAGCCCGUCGGCGCCGUCCAGCAGGAAACCAAGCAGGUCGCGCGCGUGCCCAUCCCGGAGCUGAUGGUGCUGCUCGUGCUCAACCUGCUCUAUCCCGUCAUUGGCGUCGCGCUGGGCGUGUGGGCCCUGCUCCUGUGUCGGAAGCAGGGGGUCAGAGACGUGCAGGCGCGCUUGGGCAUGGCGGCCAUGGUGUCGGCUGCUUUUGAGGAUCCGGCCUUCAAUGAGUCGGCUGCCAGGGUUAAGGAGUUGUAUGCUGAAAUGAGGGGGUUGCCGACUGCGAGGGUCGCGGUUGGGGAGGGUGGAGGGGGCAGUAAGGUACUUGUGGGCGUUUUGGAGGGCGAGAAGUGA